AUAUUGAACAUCAAGCAACGAAAGAUGUCGAUGAUCAGAUUGUUAAAGACAAUUGCUUGCCAUCGUCUAACGAUGCAACAAUUGUUUACACUGCUUUACCUAAAAUAGUUUCAGAUUUUAAUGGAUUAGAUCAAAUUGCAUGGGUUUCAACUUCUUAUCUACUCACAGCGACUUCCUUUCAACCAAUCUAUGGAAAAUUAUCUGAUAUUUUUGGUCGCAAAGCAACAUUCUUAGUUGCAAUUAUCAUCUUUGAAAUAGGUAGUUCGUUGUGUGGUGCUGCUACAAAUAUGGAAAAUACCAGGGCACUAUUAGUGCAUGCUAUGGUGUUGCUUCCGUUGUAG